CGGCUGGCUCAGUAGUGACUGCCUGACUGGUGCAGUAACAAUCCUGCUUGGAACUGAUCGAGACUAAAUUGCGACGCCGCCUCUCGCUGUGUUUCGCGUGUUAGUAAUAACAAAUCCCACCCUGCCCCGAGCUGGGCUUUGCGUCCGAUACUGAUUAACGACAAUAAGUAAGAAGCGUUGGGCGCUCUGUUGUUCGUUCGCGAAAAGAAAGCGAGACGGUGAAACGGAGAGAGACGGAGAGUGCGAGGGCGUUUUGCAGCUGCGGUCACACGGCCGAUUAUUUGAAACGCGAUUACUUUACUUUCGUUAGUUUUCACAUGUAAAACGAAAACCUAACCGGUCUAUACGGCUUCCUAUUAUUAUUGUCAACUACUCUUAACAGCUUUAUACCGUUCAUCGAUAAUGCAACAACGAUCUUGUCGCACGAAAUCUCGAGAUAUUUCUACGAUGUGACACGGAACUUUGACGAUCGACGGCGUGUCUAUCCGUAUCCGUAUAUCCGACGGAGUGAAACUGUUCUCGGUUUUCGUGUUUGUUUGUGUUUGUUUGGUUGUUUUUUAUUUUUUUGUUUUUUUGUGUGUAACUCACUGUGUUUGUGUUGCUUGAACGUAUCGGCGAAAAUUGACGAGAUACAAAGAAACGGAGACGAAUCACCGAUACCGAAGGCGGACGUAAGCGUUGUUAUUAUGACAACUUCGGAGUGCCGCUGCAGCUGCGACGAGGUCGCGGUCGGUUUUCCGUAGCCAAGGGGUGAAUAGAGAUUGAAAAGAAGAGCAUCGCUGGCUCCGUUAACUUCUAUCCAACGCGUAUUGUUCGCUUGUUUGUCGGCUCUCGGAAAUAUUUCGCGGCGCGAGAAAAGUGUGUGAGGACGUACAUUGCAAAAUUAUUGCGCGAUAAAAGUAAGAGAAUAGUAACAAAAAAUCAUACCACGUGUCCGAAUCUUCGUCGUUUCCCUUGUUCUCGAUUUCGGAUGAAAACACGCCGCUAUCUGUGGACCGAGGAACGGCCGUUCCGGAACGUCGAAUAAACAAUCGAAAAUCGUAGCUCCGCCACCUAACAAGUCAGCGCGGUUAGGCCUUUUGUUACCCUUAAAGUGCGGGAAAUUAGUAAUGGCGCCUAGACGACACGCCAACGGUCACGGAGGGUUGCUCGAGGGCGGUGGAAACGAGCUUGCGGACAUGGUGGCCAACGGAAACGGUGGUCAUCAGCAGCACAACAAUAACAACAACAACAACAACGGAACAGCCGUAACAACGACACGAUGCUGCGCACCGAGCGGCGAGUGUCUGAGAGGCGAUUCACCGAUCCGAAUGGGCCUGCUUCAGGAGGCGGUGAAGGUCACCUGCAACAACGAGAGCUGUCCGGUGGGUCAGUUUAUGCAUAGAGAGUGCUUCGAGGCGUGGGAACAGACGGUAUUGACCUACCUUAAGGGCUGCGGACGCGCGAGGAGCUGGUCCGAAAGACAGCGGCAUCAAAACCUCUGGACCAAGAAGGGUUACGACCUGGCGUUCAAGGCCUGCGGCUGCCGAUGCGGCAGGGGUCAUCUAAAAAAGGACCUCGACUGGAUGCCACCCGGAUUGGGAUCAGCCGUCGGGCAGCGUCCCGAGGACGCCGAGGCGAAGAAGAAGAAGCGUCGCAACAGGCAGAACACAAGGCCCUCGCUCGCCAUAUCGGCCGGACACCCGGGGCCUCACGGUGGGCCCGUUACCAGGUCCUCCGAGGUACAGAUGAUCGAGUCGAGUCGCGGAAGGGCCGGAUCGCUGUCCUCGAGUACCGGGUCCAGUUCACCCCCGGCUACAAGCGAACCCUCCGUCAGUCCUCUUCAUCAGCCGCAGUCCGGUUCCAAGAAGAAGAACAAGGUCGACUUCUUCAGCGAUCGCGCUAGGCAAAGCUGCGGAGCUAAUGGAAUCUUCUCAAGGCGUCUCGACUUCAGAGCCUUCAACAGCCUGCCGAGGACGAAAUUGAACUCGUAUCACAUCAAGAUGGAGGACGAGGGUAAUCACGGCAACGACGAUACGAGGUGCUUCAUUUUAUCGACCUUGGCUGCACUCCAGUGGUCCAGGGUAUCUUGCGUUCUAUGCAGGGCCGCUAUGCUCGUUUUUGAUAGGUAUCCGCUCGUCGAUGGAACAUUCUUUCUGUCGCCUAGGCAACACUCGAUUUCCUGUGCCGAGGUGAAGGUAGAGGGUCGCACACAAUUCUUGUCUGCCGUUUGCAUGAGCUGCCUUGAAGGUAGCGGUGGGGCUCCUGUUCGUUGUCGCAGCUGCACACAACCCUGGGACGGUUCAAGUCUGGUACUUGGAACGAUGUACAGUUACGACAUUUUCGCUGCGAUGCCAUGCUGCACCGAACGCAUCAAGUGCAACAGCUGCCAGAAGCCACUGCUCUUACCACAUCAGCGACUGAACUUCUACUCCGACUACAGCCGAGUCUUUGCUUGUCCGCAUUGUCGAGCGUUAGACGCGCACUUCGUGAAGCCACUUUCAGCAUGCUACACUCGCGAACAGUUUCAGCUCUAUAGCCAAUGGCCGUAACAGGUGGAGUGUAUAGCGCAACGUUUGAUCACUGCAAGACCAGCCCCGGUCUCCCUGCAUCCGCUGCUCUCUUUGCUGCAGGCGAUACUCUGAGAGUCCGUCUGUCUUACGGUGUCCGUUGACGUCCUGCGUUUUUUUUUUUUCUUUCUUUUCGAAUCCAUAUGUAAAGAAAAAGAAGAAGAAGAAAAAGAAGAAGAAGAAGAAGGAAACAACAAGAAAACAAUACGAACAACGAAGAGGAUGAGAGAAGAAAAUUAAACUCAUAUUUUCUCUCAAUGACGAGAUAAAUAAAUAAAAGCGGCCGUUGGUCGAUGCAAGAGAAACCGGGUAACAACCGAACCGUGUGUGGUGUUCAGGAUAUGAUACCCGUUAUUUUAUGUAGCGAGUCCUCGAUUAUUAUGAGAAAAUUUUACAUUUCUUUUAUUUAUUUAUUUUUUAUUUUUUUAUUUUUUUUUUUAUUUUUUCUUCUCUUAUACGUUGGGUUUUUUCUUCGUCACCUUCGAGGCAGCUGUUUUGAAGUAAGCCGCACGCUUCGGUUAUGGGACGGGUGGCGAUGAUGGUCCGGGGAGGUGAAAAGUCAACUGCGUACAUGCGAGAACAUGAUUUUUUAGUUUUUUUUUUUUCUAAAUUGCCAACAACGACACAGCACCGAAGAGAAAAAAAAAAAUAAAACACACUCGUAUACAUACUAUAUGUAUAUUAAACACGAGAACAUCGGUAACGAUAAAAAAAUGAAAAAUAAAAAUUAAAAAGAAUAAAAAAACAAUUAUUUUCAUUAUAUCGAAGAGUAAAUAAAAUACAGCAGGCACGGGGACUACCAUUUCAUUAAUUAGUCAAAUUAUUAUUAAUCCAAUCAACUUAUCUUUAUUAUAUUACACACGCACACACACACAUACACAUGCACGCACAAACGCGUAUAUAUAUAUUCAAAUAAACAUGUAUGUAAAAAUAUCACUUUAAAAUAACAAAAAAAAAAAAAAAAACACACAAACAAAAAAAGAAAAAAAGAAAAAAUUAUGAUGAAAACAAUAUUAUAAUAAAAUAUGCUAUUGUUUGUUACUUAGAUACUGGAUAACGUUGUGUUCUUCUUUUAUUUUUGUUUCUUUCUUCCUUUUUUUUCCAUCUGUUUUUCGUUUAUCUUUUCUUUUCCUUCUUACAUUUGAAUAAGAUUUUUUUUUAUAUAUUUUCUAUGCGGCUGUGUUGAUUUUUUUUAUGAUUUUUGAACGAUCAUACAAUGGGGUUGAAAGAUUGAAUCUUUUUAUGCCGGAUGAAAACGUUUUCAAGUAAUCACAAUAUUACAUUCGUUGGACGCUUUUUGGAUCGAUCACGGUUUGAAACUUUGAACGUAAUUCCUAAUACCGUAUUUUUAACAAUUUUUUUUGUUUUUUUUUUCAAUUAUCCUUCUCCAAUUUCCAAGUAGGGGAAUAACGCGAAAUACGUUCUAUUCCCCUACCAAUGAUAAAUAAAAUUUUAAUAAUAUAAAAAUUUUUUACACGUGCUCUCGACGUAACACAUUAUACAAUGUUUUAUACGUAUGAUCGGCGGAUAUACAAUAUAUAUAUAUGUAUACACAUAUAUAUAUAUUAUAUAUACAUAGGUAGGCGUGUUGUGAUUAAUGAUCUUUCCAAUCAGCGAUCAACAAAGUAAUGGUAAAAAAAAAAAAAAAAAAAAAAGUGAAAAAAUUAAAAAAAAAACAUAAAUAAAUUUUAAUUAAA